GCAGGCGUCCAAUCGUGAAACACAAUGCUCGGUUUCGCGAGUCCUUUGCAGCAAAUUUCUGCAGCAGGGGAACGCAGGUUUUCUUCGGCUCCAUCGCGGGCACUGGCAUGCACAACAUAGCGGUGGCGAUAGCCGCCGUUUGCUGCGUGGUGGUAAGCGGAUAUCGUAAUUGUACAGACUCAGACUGCGAGUCUUCAACAUGCAGCGAACUGGAAGUGCCCGUGCACGGAAGCCCUCGGCGAGACCGAUUCUGCAGACCCCUGUACACGCCACCUGCCGUGAAGGAGGAACUGCGAACCUGCGUCUGCAAGAAGGGCUAUGUCCGUAACUCCUGGGAGGAGUGCGUGCCGAGGAAGAUGUGCAUGCGCUGCAAGUUUCAGUGGCAGAAGGACUUCCGCAACUGCGCGUCUGGCUGUCCGUCGACUUGCAACAGGGCUGACGACAUUGUCUGUCAGAUACCCUGCGCUCCAGGGUGCGAGUGUCCUCCUGGCUGGAAACUGCACCCGACUUUUGUAAGGAUGUGUAUAAGGGCCGAGAAGUGUCCAACCAAGUGUCCACCACACUCGUCGAUGCAGGAAUGCGUGUCGACCUGCGAGCCGCGGUGCGGCGAAUCGCCGCCGCUCAAGUGCGUCACCAGUUGCGGCACGCCGUCUUGCGUUUGCGACAAGGGAUACGCCGAAUACAUGCGAGCUGGAGUGAAGAGAUGCGUACGGCGAGAGAGAUGCGCCAAGCUCCUCGACUUGGCCGAAUUGUUCAGACCACGUCGUUGGGGUGACGAAAGCUUUGGAGAAACGCCACUCGGUACGGAUAGGCAUCUCGGAAUAGGUAGGCGCAGACGCAGGAGGCCCAGAGAGUCGAGUGCCAGAAGAUACUCUGACAACAGUGAUGCUGGUGCUAUCAGCGAAAAUGGGCCCCCGUCUUACAGAGAAUAUUUCGAGACAAACUCACCAAAUUUAUCACCAUUAUACGAAACACCUCGUUUCACGGUUACAUAUAAUAAUGCCCCUACCGGAAUUUACCCAAGGACACCACCCACUUCCGGCUCCUUGCCUUGGCUUGGCACCCCACGACUUCGCGAGAGCGUUGACACGUAUUACCCAUUGUCUACUUCGCCACGGAGUCUUGGAGGAAACAGCUGGACUGGCUUUGAAACUUACCCAUGGGCGCCGUCGUCUAGGGUCACAGCAGACUACGGUUGGAAGGAUUACGGAAGGUACCCGAGUGCUAGAGUAUUCGGUUUACCUAACGGAUGUGAAGCCGUAGGUUUCAUGUAUUACCCUUCAGGGAAUACGUGGCGGUACCAUCGGAUACGGUUGGACUGGUUGCGAAAUUCACCCCUAUGGGAAGCCCUCGUUCGCUAUUGUAGUUUAUGAAACACCUGGUUUUGUUCCUACAGGGUAAAUUAUCGUGUCGCGGAUCUUUAUGACGGGUAUAGCGUUUGUGUUACGUAGAGACGGUGCCAAAGGAUGUGCUAGCGUAGGUUUUGCAAGGCGACCGGUGUUGGCAGCCGAAGCGCUUGUUUGAAGGGGCCGGGUAGUGAUAGUAUGGGACCAUUCCUGCAUUUGUCUUUGCGCUCACACGUAUUCAAUGCUCGUACGAAAGCGCACUUCAAUGUCAUGCUCACCUGCGAUUCAGAGGCCAUUACAACGUAAAGACUAGUGUAAGACAUCCGCAGAAGACAAAUUACUGACAGAGCUCGUAACAGAGGUGGAUAAAGUGUGUCUCGUGAGCGUCGUUUUAAGAAAAAGAAAUAAAAACUCUUCUUUUUACGAAAAAUUGUCAAUAUAUUAAAGAAAACGUACAACUAAACUCAAAGCAAGGAAUGCUAGGAAAUACAUAAGAAAUAUUGCUAGCUUGAAGAAGAAAAGCAACCUUGAAGCAGUAAUUGGCAUGCUUUUAAAGAAACAAUGCAUCACAGGUUGAUCUAUUCAAAAAAAUUCCUACGAUCUAGUGAAAUAGAUUCCAAGAAAGAUGAUCACGGUAAAUGCAGUAAUUGGGAAAUUUUGAACCAAUUCAGCAGCACUUAUGCAAGACAGAGUAGUAACAAUCAUGAUAAACACGUCUUUAUGCUAAGGUAUUGCGAAACAAAACUAGUGCCUUGCAUAUGAACAAAAGCCAGUGCAAUACGCACGAAAAUGUGCAUAUCUCUGUAUCACCAUUGUCGCUCUUAGCGCAACUCGGGGACUAAUUUAUUUGUGAAUGGGGUCUUUGGUGAACCCUCUCCGAAUAUAAAGCCCAUUGAAAAGCUUGCGCUGGCAUUUGUAAAACUAACGUCACCGAUAUCUCCGGUCCACACUUUGCCCCUCUCACCAAGAAACACGAAAUUAUCGAAGAGCAUGCAGACAACGAGAAACACUCAGAAUUAUGCAGAAAUAGUAGAACAGGGUUCUCAAACACGCGGCCCGCGAGCCAUCUUUUUUUAAUGUCCGCGGCCCGUACUUCACUGUCCCAUAUUUCUUUUUCUUAAUAGGUGUAUUUAUGAGCUACACAGACGUGACUGGUCUCAAGCAUUUCUUUCGUGAAGCACCGCAAGCGGUCAUCAUAUGUUGAAACAUAACCGUGGAAGAAAAACUCUAUUUCACAAUCGGCGUCCCGAUUUCAUUCUUCAGGAGAUCAGUAUCGAUGUGUUUCUCGAAUCCUGUCGCGAAAUCACGUUCAGGAAUGCCGCAUAUGAAAAAGGCCUUCUUUCAAAUGGCAAUGUUAGCUGAUGUUUCCUUACGCCUCCCCCCCCCAUUGUUACCUUCUUCACUGUGGAGGUGAGUGGAGGUGAGUUUGACUCACCGCUUGUGGAGGUGAGUUUGAGACCCCUGGGGUAGAACGUGAGUGGCAAUACAAGAGGACAUAGUGCUUCGUACGUUAGCCUGUUUGUGGACUUUUCGAAGCAACCUUUGUUCCAGUUGCUCUGCAGUCCUGACGCCAGCUUGGUUCAGCGGAACCUCGAGUCAUUGGCGGAACUUUUCGCCUGGUUGCCAAAGUGUCUUGGUAACGUCCUGCUAACACCGAACCUCGGGUUGUUUCGUUUAAUGUCGUCUUCGUUACCGCCUUAGUCAUCAGUUGGCCGCAAUUAAAGCCCACCUACUAACGCACGAGAAUCACCAAGUUCGAUCUCGAUGUGAAGCCGCUGGUUGUGCGGCCGCUCGGCAUGGUCAAGUAUCAUCCACGUCUUUAUCUCAUCUUCUUUACCUCAUCUAUGUCAAAAUGAAGCCGUUUGCUUGGGUUUGGUGCGUUUACCUUUCUUACCUCGCUCUUCCCCCAAUGUUUGGUUCCUCCAUCGUUAACAUGUAUCGGUUACCGACAAGAAGAUCCGAAUGCCCAGUGGUCUAGGGAACCAUCGCAGAGAGGUAGGGUGGAUAUGCGUUUUCCAGAGAAACAAGGCUGUUUCAGCGGUUGCCGACCGUAAUCGCUGAUGCGUCGCCUUCAAAUAUUCGGAUAUUUUCAUUCCUGGUUUCACGCCCGAGAGCCAUCCUAUGAGAAAUAAGAAAUAACCUAUUUUGUUGUUGGUUCGAUAAGCGGAGAAAUUGCAGUCAAUAACCUGAAACAUCUUGCAUAGUGCAAAAAUAAAGCCCGCUGCUUUUAAAGACGCACCAGUAUGCAAAGCACAAGUACGUUUAUACAAAUAAAGUGGGCAUGAACAUGCCCACUUUAUUGCACGAGCACCUCCACAAAGCGCACUCUCCAGACGUCUUUCAUACGGCUUCCGAAAAUCCUGUCGUAGUCAAACAAAGUAAUGCAAGCAUUAAACGCUGGAUUGAAGCAGUUCAUAUAGAAGGCAACACACCAAAUAUACACUGUAAUCCGUCCCUGAAAAAAAAUUCAUUCACAUUGUUUGCACGUUUAGUUUCGUCGAUUGGGCGCCCCUUCCACGCCUGCGAAUGGAAUCGACAUCGUGGAAAAGCAUAAAAUAAAGCUUUGUUUCUACACCAU